AUGUCGAGCAGAUUAGCAAACAAAUUAACGGCAGAACCUGUCACAAAAGUCGACAUUUUUGUAUCGUGUCACAAUUUAUUAAACAUGGACACUUUUUCCAAAUCGGACCCUUGUUGCGUUCUGUACAUUUUCAUCGCUGGCCGCUGGAUCGAACACGGAAGAACAGAACAGAUAAAAAAUGAUUUGAAUCCACAGUUCUCAAAAAAUUUCACAGUAGAUUAUUUCUUUGAAGAGGUCCAGAAAAUCAAAUUUGCUGUCUACGACAUCGACAACACAACACCCCAACUCGAUGAUGACGAUUUCUUGGGGCAGACUGAAUGCACACUUGGGGAGCUGGUAUCAAACAGUCCUCUAGUAUAUCCUCUGAUGAAAAAUGGAAUGAGAGCAGGCAAUGGAACCAUAAUUGUAUCAGUAGAGCAAGGCAAACAGAAAGAUCUGUUAUUGAUGAAAUUUUCAGGCUCAUCACUUGAUAAAAAGGAUUUUUUUGGCUUAUCAGAUCCAUUUCUCGAGUUUAAUAAGAAAAUGCUUGAUGGAGGCUACCAAGUUGUGCAUAGAACUGAGUACAUAAAAAAUACCUUGGACCCCGUUUGGAAACCUUUCCAGAUUUCAACGUCGAGAUUGUGCAAUGGAAAUUACAGAGAGUCUGUCAAGGUUGAUUGUUAUGAUUACAACUCUAACUCAUCCCCUGAUUUCAUUGGAAGUUUUGAAACAUCGGUGGAAGAACUGAUGUCGGCCGCCACUAAACCCAUUCAGUGGCCUUGUGUAAAUCCAAAGAAGAAGGCAAAAAAAUCAUCCUACAAAGAUUCUGGCACCAUCCAUUUACUUUCAUGCCAAAUUUCAAAGCAGUUUUCGUUUUUGGACUUUGUAUUCGGAGGACUGCAUCUUAAAUUCUGUGUAGCCAUUGAUUUUACUGCCUCAAAUGGAAAUCCCCAGAGCCCCCAAUCCCUCCACUACCUCCACCCCCAGUAUCCUAAUCAUUACGUCAGGGCAAUUAGGUCGGUUGGUGAGGUCAUCAAAGAUUACGAUAGUGAUCAGCUGUUUCCAUGUUUUGGAUUCGGCGCGAGAAUUCCACCACACAUGGAGGUCUCACAUUGUUUUCCACUGACAUUUAACGAGGCCCAUGAACAUUGUUAUGGCAUUCAAGGGGUCCUAGAGGCGUAUUAUUCCAGUUUGCCACGUCUGCAGUUGUACGGCCCGACAAAUUUUACCCCAAUCAUCGAGCACAUUGGAAGUCUGGCGGCCAUUGCUCACAACAUAAGACAAUCAUAUUUGUACUACGUCUUACUAAUUAUCACGGAUGGCGUUAUAUCGGACAUGAGCAACACCGUCAGAGCCAUAGUUAAAAACUCCACCCUACCCCUGUCAAUCAUCAUCGUGGGAGUCGGGCAGGCAGAGUUCGACGCCAUGGAUAGGCUGGAUAGUGAUGAUGGACUGCUCAGGGAUCAGUGGGGUGGCGUGGCUCAAAGGGAUAUUGUUCAGUUUGUCCCAUUCCGGAAUUUUGAGCGUGCCUCACAAGAAGCUCUGGCCAAGCAGGUAUUGGCAGAACUGCCUGACCAGGUUGUCUCUUAUUACCAGGCCAACAAAAUCGAACCGGGCAAGCCUAGGUCCGAUGUUGACGAGCAGAAGGUUCUUCUAUAA